UUUGUUUUGCUUCAUCCAAAACCAUUUAAGCCGUUUGAACCAUUGUCUCCAGGUCAUAACGUAACAAUACCCCUGAAUCAGUCAAAAAAGUUAUGAUGUGUUUAUGAAAUAAAAAACGAAUAACAUUGUGAUGGGCUUUCUCUUUACAGGUUGUUACUUCAUGAGUGCUAAUUCAUCCUAAACAAGAACUGUAGUACUCUAAUUACCAUCGGUGGUAAGUUGGAAAUGUCGUCGUCAGAUCCGUAUGAGUGUCUAACAAAUGAGAGUAAAAUUAUCGAAAAGCACACUGAACAAAGGCUGCAAAAUGAUCACCGAAUGGAUAAUCUUAUUCUUUUAGUAUAUGUAGUGCUUCUAACUCUUUCUGUCAUAACAAUCUGGGCUUUUAAACAUAGACGCUUUCGAUAUAUCCACGAAACUGGCCUUUCAGUGGUAUAUGGACUGGCCGUUGGUCUUAUACUUAGAUAUGCUAUAAAAUCUUCAAAUUAUACCGUGGAGAUGCAUGUGAUUUCACGUAAAAUGAUGAAGCGUGCGGUGGUCGUUUGCCUCCAGAGAGACUGAUUAUUGAGUUUCCUGUCCGUGACAAGUACGGAAAGUUCAAUUUAAGCAUGUCGUUCCGGUACAAAUUUGAGCAGCAAUCGGAUUUCAACUCUUUAAUUAACAACAAGGCUACGUUCGACCCGGAAUUCUUCUUUAAUGUGUUACUUCCUCCUAUAAUUUUCUCAGCAGGAUAUAGUAUGAAACGCGGCUACUUUUUCAAAAAUAUUGGAGCCGUUCUUACUUAUGCAUUUGGUGGUACUUUGUUUUCCGCUCUAGUUGUUGGAACCAUUUGCUAUGGCUUCACCCGUGGAAUUACUUCGUUGUCUCAAACUUUGCGUCUCUCAGACUGCCUUUUGUUUGGAGCUAUAAUAUCUGCUACUGAUCCUGUAACUGUUUUGGCUAUCUUUAGUGACUUGAAAGUUGAUGUCAACUUGUAUGCACUCGUAUUUGGUGAGAGUGUUCUUAACGAUGCUUUAGCAAUCGCCUUAGCCCAGUCGAUCGAGAAAUAUGGAUCCAUUUCUGCUGGUAAUUUCGAUGGCCACGCUUUCUUGUCUUCUGUGUUAAAUUUUUUUAUAAUGUUUGGAGGUUCAUUCGUCACUGGCGUUUCUAUUGGCUGUGUAACGUCUCUUCUUACAAAAUUUACACACAUCAAGGAGCAUCCUCUACUGGAAACAGCUUUGUUCGUUCUAAUGUCUUAUAGCACAUUUCUUUUUGCUGAAACUGUUGGGUUUACGGGUAUUGUUUCCGUGUUGUUCUGUGGUGUGACUCAAGCACACUACACUUAUAACAACCUAUCCCAGGAAUCUAAAGUAUGGACAAAAUCUUUUUUUGAACUACUUAACUUCUUGUCGGAAAACUUUGUUUUCGCAUAUAUCGGUGUUUCAACGUUUACUUUCCCUCAUCAUUAUUGGAAUGCUCGAUUCGUAUUUAUCGCAUUGUUCUCAUGUGUAAUUGCUCGGGCAGUCAGCGUAUAUCCACUUACAGCCCUCAUCAACUUUUGUCGAACUUAUCAGUGUUCCUGUUCUACGAAAUGUUUGAAGCGAAAGUUUGAUUCCAAUUCUCAACUGUCUUACUCUAGUGAUAAAAAUAUUGUGCCUGGAUCAUCAUUUUUGUCGAAUUCAAUUGAUUCAGGUAGUGUCGCAAUUACUUCAGCUGAUAAUAACAGGAGGGAUAAAUCUAACAAAAUCACUUUAAAUUUUCAACAUAUGAUCUUUUUCUCAGGCCUUCGGGGUGCCAUGGCUUUUUCAUUAGCGAUUCGCAAUACAAGUUCUGAAAUACGUCGAAUGUUUUUUUCGACGAUUAUUGUAAUAGUUAUGACUACGGUGUUAUUGGGAGGUUGUUUUGCCAUAUCGUUACUUCACAGAUUGCAGAUACCUGUUGGUGUAGAUUGCAACAGUAAAAACCAACCGCAUACAGAUACGGAAGAAGAUUUGGUUGAUGAUCAUAGUUGCUGUAGUUCUCAUUGGAUGAGUUUCGAUAAAUUCUAUUUGAAGCCAUUACUUACACACAGCACUCCACCACUGACCGAAUCAUUACCAUCAUGUUGUUAUAAAUUUGCCAAAUUACUUACAACUUCUGAACAAAAAAGUGGGACAUUUGUCAAUAACGAUAGAAAUAAUAGUUACCCUGACAAUUUUAAACGUGACAGUACUACUGUAUUUUAUUCCAAUGAGAAGGCAUCAAUCAGUUCUACACUCAGCAUGAAUACUGUUAAAGUACAACCUGUGGAAUGUGCACAACUUAUUCAACUAGACAGUGAUAAUGAUGACACUAAUAUUAGUAAUGAUAGUAACAAUAAGUUUAAGCUUGGUGAUGGAAAGAAUUUUCAUGAUCCACUCUAUUUCAAUGAAGUUAUGUGAAUAAAUAUACGGCGAAUUUUGGAAAAUAAAAAAAGAAACACUGGUAAUUAGCAUCAUCAUCAUCAUCGUCUCUGAAAAGAAAGCACUUGUCAUUAAUGCAUUUUCUUUCCUUCGUCGUUGGUAUUUUUCUCGCUCUCUCUCUCCCUCCCUCAUAAUCUAUUAAAUUUGACUGUCCAUGACUGAAAAUUCCAUUUAUAUGUUUCUAUUUACCUUUUAUAUAAACAUGCGCAGACAUUACAAUAAAGAGCACUGAUACACAUUUGAUGAAGAAAAAUACACUGAACAGUAGAUGGGGAUUAUUCAUAAAUGAAUAACCGUUUAGUUUGGUUUGUUUGCAUGUGUGUGUUAAUUUCAAGCUAUCUUAUCACUUUUUUUCUUGUUUUUACCUUCCUUGUAUACAUUCUUCUAUUAUGCACUAUUGUCACAUAUGCAUCCGUUGGUAGAGAAAUAUUUAUUUUCUUUAAAAAAAACACAGUUAACAUCUUUACGUCCAAUUAUUCUGUGAUUUAUUGAUUUCAUUCCGUAGAUUAGAAAUAAUUUAAUAGUUAAAAAGCGUCAUGUGUUACUUUCAUUUCAUCUUGUUUCUUAUUAUACUUGUAAAUACUGUUAUUUGUGUUGUUGCUAAAUCUCAUUUACUAAUAAUUAAUUACACAUUGUAAUAUUCUUUUGAAAUAUUAUUUUUGUAUAUUUUGCCAGUCUGUUUAUAUUCGUUUGUUCACUUGAUCAAGUGCAUUGAAUCAUUACUAUUGGAAAUUUUAUUUUAUUUAAGUGUUUUCAUGAGCUUUGACAAAAAAGAUUCUAUUUUACUUUUUAACUGAAUGUUCACAUAUACAUGCAUGUAUCAUAUAUAUGUGUAUCAUAUACUAAAACUUCACUUGAAAUUUUGUGUUUUUACUUCAUUUACGUCUAAAAGUAGAGUACAGAAAUGUCCGUCAUUAAUUUAACGAGUUAUGUAUAAAUUCUUGAUAAUCAACAGAAAUUGAACUUUUAUUUAUACAAUGUGAA